AUGACAAGGGGAUAUAUUUACUGUUUGUUUCUAACGCUGGUCAUAAUAUCAUGCGAAGGUUCUAAAUUGAACAAAUGCAUCGAACACCAAGUAUGCCCAGUUAACAACAACGCUGUUCUUGGUUCUGAAAUUAAUUUUGAACAUGUCGAAGAAAACUCGGCCUCUUAUGACCUAACCUUGAAUACAAUUAGACGUUCGCUCGUCGCGAAUGGUGUGGUCGUGAUUCGAAAUCAGACGAUGAACAGAGCUCGGCAGUGUGAUUUUACAAGGAGUUUAGGUUCUGUGGUUGUUCUUCCGGAAUCAUUUGAAGGCAAAGACCCGGAACCAGGGCUUCCAGCUAUUCAGAGGGUCACCAACUAUUUCCACAAUAGGACAUGGAAAGGCAAACGCCAUUGCUUUGGAUGUUAUUGGCACAAGGACGGGGAUUUUCAAUUCGAUGAUUACAUUGGUGGCGUCCUCUAUGCUGAGAAAGUAGAAAAAUCAGCAUCAACAACAAUGUUUCUGGAUAAUUGCGCUGCCUACGAUCUCAUUCCCCAAGACCUAAGAACACGGAUCCAGGACACAAUAUUUUCGGUGUCGGUACGAGACAUCCCAGACUUUAAGAAUGGCACAGAAAAAGAUUUUGCCCUUUUUCCAGACGCAGCUCGACAUCCCAUAUUUUACAAUCAUCCAGGCUCCGGACGUCGUUGUUUGUAUCUGACCAACACAAUGGUGACGCUGCGACCCAAGAGUGUAAACGAGAUGAUAGAUCUUCAAAAGGCAUGGGAUAUCAUGGUUACUCAAGCACCCAAGUAUCAACACUACUGGACAGCAGGAGAUGUCGUCAUUUGGGAUAAUUUGGCAGUUAUGCACAAAGCUGGGGAGAAACGGUCUGGGUAUUCUCCAAAAGAUCCACGAAUGCUUUUUAGAACGCAAUAUCGAAUAGGUGAAACUGCUGGGAAGAAAUAA